CGCACCUCACGAAGCUCUGCCAGCCAGUCUGGCUGCCGUGCCUCUCGCAUCGAAAAGCCCAGGAGCAACCACAACAGCCCCGGCACCGCUGAGAGGCGGAAGACCACUAUCGGCACGAAGCUCUAUGCAACGCUGGACGACCACUACAACAUGAUGAUGGGCCUGACCGGAGAGGAGGAGGCCACCGAGGGCCAGCAGCAACCAGCGCCCGCACGACCAAUGAGCUGGCACCCGGCCUCCACGCACUUCAACGCCCCAUCCCACUCAUCAGCAGCGUUCGAACAUACGCAACCGCAGGACUGGUCCCGCCAUUACGCCGCUUCCUCGAGGAACUCAGCAUAUGGUUCCGACUUCUACUCUCUAUCCGCGAGGAAUUCAAUGCAUGCCGAGCCAGUGCAAAACUACCCGGCCUACCCCAACGGCCACGAGGCACACCGAGGCUCCCAGGAAUCCGACGGUAGCUGGCAAACCCCGUCGUAUGCUCUGUCUUCGUAUUCGACGCCCGCCACCGAACCAAUGCCAUGGUACCUCCAGGAGUGGGCGCGGAAGAAUCAAGCCCAAGCCAUGGACUCGCAGCACGGCUCAACCGACUUCCUCCCGAUUCAGAAUCCGGCAAUGGAGCAAGAGCUAGAGGCAGCAGACGAGGAAAUGGAAGACUCAGGGAAAGAGUUGGUCGGCAUGGGCCUCUAUGAUUUGCCCGAUCCGGCCUUGACCUGGAGCUCGGGGCUCGUCGAAGCUACAGGCAAGGGCUUGAAGCUUGAGGAAACGUGGCAGCCGCCCGAGGAGGAGGACGAUGACGAUGACGACAACGACGGCGAGGCAGACGAUGCGAGCUCAGAGGGCAGCGUCGAGGAGCCACCGCCACCACCGCCCGCACGCCAACAGCCUCAGGUGCCUGUAACCGUCAAGCCUCAAACACCAGGCAGCAUGGAGGGCCAGAGCUUCUUCUUCGACGAGGAUGAGACCAUCAGCAAGGAGUGGUGGUUUCAACAGUUGAAGCAGCCUUCCAUGCCAGUGCGGGACGCUGGUAUCGGCUACGGCUGGCUGUAA